CCCUGAAGCAUACGCAAGCAGCGAAAAGCCAGCAGCCAGCAGCGGAAGCUAGAGACACUUUACCCAUACGAUUCCGUCUGUGAUUUUGGCUGGUACGAGUGCCUCCACCGCACCACCACCACCACCAUCACCACCACCCAGCAUCAGUAGCCAGAGCAACGCUCUCUUAAGCCACUGCUCUCGCGUGAUUUGCUCCGCCCCCGUGGCUGCUGCUCGAGGGCUGAAAAUGCCGCAGGAUUCGGUUAACGAUUCGCGGCGACGCGUUUAGUCGAGUGCCGUGCUUCGAGCGGUGAUGAGCCCCACACUUUCUGCAACGCAGCAACAACAGCCACAAUAAAACAUCGCUGGCUAUCAAGUGGAAGUUUAUGCAAAACAAAUGAAAAUAUAGUACACAAGCGAACGCGUACAAGUGCGAGUACAUAUAAAUAAUAAUAGUUUGUGAUAACAACAACAUUAACACACCCAACGGCGGGCAGAAAAGUGAACAAAAAUGAUACAAAAUACUCGGAGCCCAAAGCCCACACAAACUGCGGCGAAAACAAAUUGAAAUUUUGUGCAAAAACGAAAAUUAGACAAGCUAAACUACAAAAGCAAGUACACAAAACAAAUCUCCAUAUAUGGGCUAAUUAAAGAACCAAACUUCGAUUUACAUUCGUUGUGCAAACACAAUCCGACCAUUCCCCCCCAUCGAGAUUGUCGAGAAAUCCUCUAAACCAGCAUCAGCUCGCGAACGCCCACAGAAUGUACACAAUGUUUAGGAAACAUUUUCGGCGAAAAUCAACAGCAUCGCAACCAUCAGCAUCAGCAUCAGCAUCAGCCCCAUCAGAACACUCUGCCACAACAUUGGCAGAGGAAUCCGCAGAACCAGCAGCAGCAUCCACAGACAGCCUGAGAAUGUCGGCGACAGCAACGAGGCAACGACAGAGGCCCAGGCAAAGGGAAUUCUCGUCUCUGCCAUCGCCCAUCAGCGAUUGUCGAUCAUUAAAGUCUGCCUGCAACUUAACUGCUUUAAUUUUAAUAUUGUUAGUCCAUAAGAUAUCCGCAGCUGGUAACUUUGAGCUGGAAAUAUUAGAAAUCUCAAAUACCAACAGCCAUCUGCUGAGCGGCUACUGCUGCGGCAUGCCACCAGAACUGAGAGCCACCAAGACGACGGGCUGCUCACCAUGCACAACGGCAUUCCGGCUGUGCCUGAAGGAGUACCAGACCACGGAGCAGGGUGCCAGCAUAUCGACGGGCUGCUCGUUUGGCAACUCCACCACCAAGAUACUGGGCAGCUCCAGCUUUGUGCUCAGCGAUCCGGGUGUGGGUGCCAUUGUGUUACCCUUUACAUUUCGCUGGACGAAGUCGUUUACGCUGAUACUGCAGGCGUUGGAUAUGUACAACACAUCCUAUCCAGAUGCGGAGAGGUUAAUUGAAGAAACAUCAUACUCGGGCGUGAUACUGCCAUCGCCGGAGUGGAAGACACUGGACCACAUUGGCCGCAAUGCACGGAUCACCUACCGCGUCCGGGUGCAGUGCGCCGUUACCUACUACAACACGACCUGCACGACCUUCUGCCGUCCGCGCGACGAUCAGUUUGGACACUAUGCCUGCGGCUCAGAGGGUCAGAAGCUCUGCCUCAAUGGCUGGCAGGGCGUCAACUGUGAGGAGGCCAUCUGCAAGACCGGCUGUGAUCCCGUCCAUGGCAAGUGUGAUCGACCCGGCGAAUGCGAAUGCCGACCCGGCUGGCGCGGUCCCUUGUGCAACGAGUGCAUGGUCUAUCCCGGCUGCAAGCACGGCUCCUGCAAUGGCAGCGCCUGGAAGUGCGUCUGCGACACCAAUUGGGGUGGCAUACUGUGCGAUCAAGAUUUAAAUUACUGUGGCACCCAUGAACCCUGCAAGCAUGGCGGCACCUGCGAGAACACUGCCCCGGAUCAGUAUCGCUGCACAUGCGCCGAGGGACUCUCGGGCGAACAGUGUGAGAUUGUGGAGCAUCCGUGUGCCACACAGCCGUGCCGCAAUGGCGGCACAUGUACGCUCAAGCAGCCGAUGAAUGCAACGCGUCCGCCAAUGUAUCGCAUCAUGCGUGGCAUGAGCACUUCCAUGGGCAAGCCGAUAAGCCGUCGCAAUUCAAUACGUAGCCUGGCCAAUCUGCGCCUGGAGUCACAGAAUGGCAGCACCGGCGGUGCCUUGGGCUCCUCCCCAGGCCUGCCACUGACGCCGCUGGCCGCUGAAUUUACUUGCGGCUGUGCGGCCGGCUGGACGGGACCAACAUGCGAAAUAAAUAUCGACGAAUGCGCCGGAGGUCCCUGCGAGCAUGGUGGCACUUGCGUCGAUCUAAUCGGUGGAUUUCGCUGCGAAUGCCCGCCCGAGUGGCGCGCCGAUGUCUGCCAGUUGGACGUGAACGAAUGCGAGGUUCCCCAUGCAGCCCAGGUCGGUGCUGCCAACACUCUGCUGACGACGACCGCCAGCGCCGUCAUUGGGAGUAAUCUGAGCAGCUCGGCGGCAUUGCUGGCAGCGCUGACCAGUGCGGUGGCUGCCUCGAAUGCUGCCUCCACCAUUGGGCCCUGCAUCAAUGCCCGCGCAUGCAUCAAUGAGCCGGGAUCCUUCUCGUGCGAGUGCCUCGAGGGCUGGGGCGGUGCCACCUGUGCGGAGAACCUCGAUGAUUGCGUGGGACAGUGCAAGAACGGUGCCAGUUGCAUUGAUCUGGUGAAUGACUACCGUUGCGCCUGCGGCACCGGCUACACGGGACGCGACUGUGAGACAGACAUCGAUGAGUGUGCCGCCUCCCCGUGCCGCAACGGGGGCGAGUGCGUGGACAUGAUUGGCAAAUUCAAUUGCAUCUGUCCGCUGGGAUAUUCCGGCUCACUCUGCGAGGAGGCCAAGGACCACUGCACACCAUCGCCGUGCCUGCAAGGACGCUGCCUGAACACGCCCGGCAGCUACUACUGCCACUGUCCGCCAGAUCGCGCUGGCAAACAUUGCGAACAGUUGCGUCCGCUCUGCUCCCAGCCACCCUGCAAUGAGGGCUGCUUUGCCAAUGUCACAGGAAUGGGAACGGGGACAGGAAUAGCUGCAACAGCAGCAGCGGGCACAACGACUAAGACAACGACAACAACAACGACAACGACAACGACAACCAUGACGACACCGAGCGGUCUGCCCUGCAGCGGUCAUGGCAGCUGCGAGAUGAGCGACGUGGGCACCUUCUGCAAAUGUCAUGUGGGCCACACCGGCACCUUCUGCGAGCACAAUCUCAACGAAUGCUCGCCGAAUCCUUGUCGAAAUGGUGGAAUUUGCCUUGACGGUGACGGCGACUUUACAUGCGAGUGCAUGUCGGGUUGGACAGGCAAACGCUGCUCGGAGCGCGCCACUGGCUGCUAUGCCGGACAGUGCCAGAAUGGAGGAACCUGCAUGCCUGGCGCGCCGGACAAGGCCUUGCAGCCGCACUGCCGCUGUGCACCCGGCUGGACGGGUUUGUUCUGUGCGGAGUCCAUCGAUCAGUGCCGCGGACAGCCGUGCCACAAUGGCGGAACCUGCGAGUCGGGUGCGGGCUGGUUUCGCUGCCUGUGCGCCCAAGGCUUCUCCGGUCCCGACUGCCGCAUCAAUGUGAACGAAUGCUCGCCGCAGCCGUGCCAGGGUGGUGCCACCUGCAUCGAUGGCAUUGGCGGCUACAGCUGCAUCUGUCCCGCCGGUCGCCAUGGAUUGCGCUGUGAGAUAUUGCUCUCCGAUCCAAAGUCUGCGUGUUUGAAUGCCAGCAACACAAUCUCCCCCUAUGCGGCGCUCAAUCAGAGCCAGAACUGGCUGGACACUGCCCUGUCCGGUCGCAGCGAGGACGAUGAGCACUGCAAUGCGUGCGUGUGCGAGAAUGGCACCUCACGCUGCACCAAUCUGUGGUGCGGCUUGCCCAACUGCUACAAGCUGGAUCCGCUCUCCAAGUCAUCGAACCUGUCGGGUGUCUGCAAGCAGCACGAGGUGUGUGUGCCGGCUCUCAGCGAGACGUGCCUAUCGCCACCUUGCAACAUGCGCGGCGACUGUCGGGCCCUGGAGCCAUCGAGGCGUGUCGCUCCACCCAGUCUGCCGGCAAAGGCCAGCUGCUGGCCCAACCAGGCGCUGGUCAACGAGAACUGCGCGCGCCUCACCAUUCUCCUCGACUUGGAGCGCGUGGGCCGGGGCGCCUCGGUGGAGGGGCUGUGCUCGCUGGUGCGUGUGCUGCUGGCAGCUCAGCUGGUCAAGCUGGAGGCCCCGAGUGCACCCAGCCAGGAGCAGGGUCUGCUCAUGGUGCUGUGCGAUCUCAAGAGCGGCUCCAAUGACACCAUCGAACUGACAGUGUCAUCCAGCAAACUGAAUGAUCCACAACUGCCAGUGGCUGUCGCGCUGCUGGGGGAGCUGCUCAGCUCGCGGCAGUUGAAUGGCAUUCAGAGGCGCAAGGAGAUGGAGCUGCAGCAUGCCAAGCUGGCGGCACUCACCUCCAUUCUGGAGGUCAAACUGGAGACGGCUCGAGUGGCCGAUGGCUCCGGCCACAGCCUGCUCAUUGGUGUGCUCUGUGGCGUCUUUAUUGUCCUCGUGGGAUUCUCCAUAUUCAUCAGCCUGUACUGGAAGCAGCGCCUGGCCUAUCGCAGCAGCUCGGGCAUGAAUCUGACGCCGUCGUUGGAUGCGCUGCGGCACGAGGAGGAGAAGUCCAACAAUCUGCAGAACGAGGAGAACCUCCGCCGCUAUACGAAUCCCCUGAAGGGCAGCACCAGCUCACUGCGGGCCACCACGGGCAUGGAACUGAGCCUCAAUCCCGCGCCAGAGCUGGCAGCAAGUGCGGCCAGUGGCUCGGCGCUGCAUCGCUCUCAGCCGCUGUUUCCGCCAUGCGACUUCGAGCGGGAAUUGGACUCCAGCACGGGCCUGAAGCAGGCGCACAAGCGCGGCUCACAGAUCCUGCUGCACAAGACACAGAAUCUGGACAUGAAGAAGAACACGGUGGGAUCGCUGGACAGUCCGCGGAAGGACUUUGGCAAGCGAUCAAUCAACUGCAAGUCACUGCCGCCGCCAGCGUGUGACAUCGAUGGCGUCGAUGUCCUAACCACUGUGAUGGUCUAGCGGGGGGCCAACUCUCUCUCUCUCUCUCUCUCUCUCUCUCUGUGCCGUGAUCUCACCAACCGCCCAGACACCCCACCCCUUAGCGCUCAACGCUCAUCGCUCAAAAAAGUUCCAAUUUUGCCACAGCACGGGGCGCGAUCUUCCAAGUGCAUUAGUAGAAUCUCUAGGGGAGUGGCAAUGAAUGAUUUAACAAAGUUAGUUUCAAGUUAGUGCUCCCACAGAGAUGCCCAAUUAGUUAGUUAGUUAGUUUAGUUUAGUUAGUGUGCCGCUCUACGGUUAGUGUAAUUUCCGAAAACUCUUCUCUUCUCGCUAAGCAACAGACAUCCUACACAGUGUGAUAUUUAGUGUAACCCAGAAGCGCAUUUACUCGUAAUCGUAUGUGCACUCAUAUAACAAUUAAUUAAACAAUUCAAGGUGUGUGUACAUAUAUGCCAAGUUAUGUAUGUACAUAUGUGUGCAAGCGCGCUCUAUACGAUAGUUGUAAGCUGUAAAUAAUGUAAAUUAGCAGUUACCGUUAUUGUAUUUGUGUCGAUAGUUAACCCUAGUAAGCCCCCUACAUAAAUAAUGAGCACCCCCCAAGCCGCAACAUGUUGGACUUUAAAAGUUGUUUGCAAUUGUACGCAAUAAUUAGUGUAAGUAAGCAUCUAAGCAGUAAAGAAAAUUAAUAUUCAGCAGAUGUAUUUUAUUGUGUAUUAUAUAGAGCGAUACGUGUAUGUGUGUGUACUAAUAUUUAUUUAUUAUUUUAACACUGAUCUAGCAGCAAUAAAGCAAAUACGAAUAAAGUUAGUAAAAGA